AGGCGACGAUGCGAGGGAAGACGAGAGAAUUGGGAGAGAAGAAAGAGAGUCGUUUGUGGAUUGUGGUAGAUGUCCUAUGUCUUAUCGCUAUCGUGGCAACCAGGGUCCAGGCCAGGCACAGUUCAUCCCACUACGUCCGUCACUGUGUCACCUUCUUGUUACUCUUCGACACUCACACGCACACUCAAAACUUGUUUCUACCUCCUCCAAGCCAUGGCGCGAUUCUUCCCAGCCCUCAUCUUUGGGAGGAACAUACUUGACAUACAACAUUUUUGACAGGUGCACGUCCAGUCUGCAUCGCCAUUUGUUCCAACCGAGGAGCAAAUUCGCCGGCGUUCCAGCCCUUUACAAGUCAUAGCGCCUGCCUAAAACGGUAGACUACGGCUUUACCGCUGAGCCUCGCAGGAAAAACCGACUGGGCGUCUUUGCAACUGCCCGCCCGUUACCAUCACCAUGGACGCUGCCGCUUCCCCCACCGCGAGCGAUUUCUCCAGCACAAGCGCCUCUCGACCCUCGUCAGUCUCCUCAGCGCCAUCCAUUACCGACCACUCUGCAGAACAAGGCAAAUCGCUCCCAGCUGGUGCGCCCAUAUCUUCGUUAUUCGAGAUCCGACAUACACCAACCGCUGGACGCGCCGUCUUUGCGUCUCAAGAUAUCCCCAAAGAUACGUUGAUAUGGCGCGCAGACGACCUCACACUUUCGGUCUUGCUACGAGAAUACAGACGCGAAGUAUGCGGACAGUGCUUCAGUUAUGAGAACGGGAGAGACCUGAGCAUACGCGAUCAGACCGUGGGGUUCGCAUUCUGCUCCAAGGAUUGCCAAGAGACAUGGAGGGAAGAGAGCGGAGAGGUUGGCGUGCAGGCAUGGACAGCAGUGGAGAAGCUAGUCAAAGGACGGAGUAAAGAAGACAGCGAGAUGGUGGACAUUGACCUACCGCGGCCACAACCCCACGACAUCGCCCAAGCAUGGGACAGCGUCGCCGCCCAAGCAGCCCUAAUACGCACAGCCCGACAAACCAGCCCAUCCCAACCCACAAAACAGCACAAAAAAGCCGUCCAGAAAGCGCUCCUCCUCCCCAUCUCCCCAGACGUCCUAUCCUUCUGCGUCAGCGGCAUCCUCUCCCUACACGCCCACUCCCCCCACCACCCGCACCUCCUCGCCCUCGCCUCAGACCAAACACCCUACCACAACACCCCCGACCUCACCGCCUUCACACGCACCUACCUGCACCUCCUCGCCACACUCCCACUCCCUCUCCUCCCCCUCGUCACACCCGAAUCCCUCAUCACCCUCUCCUCGCGCGACUCCCACAACUCGUUCGGCAUCCGCUCGCUCGACGACGACGGCUCAGAGUUCUUCGGCUACGGAUGCUGGCCCGCUGCGAGCUACUUCAACCACAGCUGCGCGCCUAAUGUGGAGAAGAAGAGGGAGGGUAGGGUGUGGGUGUUUUGCGCUGCAAGGGAUAUUGCGCGAGGAGAGGAGGUUUGUAUUACGUAUUUGAGUGGGGAGGAGAGGGGGCUGAGUCGCGAGAAGAGGAUGGGCACUUUGAGGAGGAAUUGGGGGUUUGAGUGUGCGUGUGAGAGGUGUGAGGGCGGGUGAUGGUGGGGUUUGGUGGGGGGUUGGUUACGAGGGAUAUACGGG